UCAACUGCGUCAUCUCCCUGAGGCGGCAGACUGUACCCGCGCUUGGGCCAGCUGUGGGCUCGGUCUAGCGUAGAGGGAUAGGCUGGAGAUGGCGGCAGCCGAGGCGGCAUCACCAGAGCCCGCGGCUUCAGAGCAGUCGGUGGAGCUGCCAGCAUCGGUGCGCGCAAGCAUCGAGCGGAAGCGGCAGCGGGCGCUGAUGCUGCGCCAGGCCCGGCUAAGGACGUCCUGCGGGCCUGAUGGAGCGUCUGGUCCGGCUGCAGGGUGCUUUCGCGUUGGAACCCAGGCCCUUGACUCCCAGGUUCCGCCUGGGUUGACAAAUAUAAAAGCAGCCUCCAAAAUAAUUGAUACAGGAGGGGGCUUCAUUUUGGAAGAGGAAGAAGAAGAACAUAAAAUUGGAAACAUUGUUCAUGAACCAGGACCAGUUAUGGAAUUUGAUUAUACAGUAUGUGAAGAAUGUGGGAAAGAAUUUAUGGAUUCCUAUCUUAUGAAUCACUUUGAUUUGGCAACUUGUGAUAACUGCAGAGAUCCUGAUGAGAAACACAAGCUUAUUACCAAAACAGAAGCAAAGCAAGAAUACCUUCUAAAAGACUGUGAUCUAGAAAAAAGAGAACCAGCUCUUAAAUUUAUUGUGAAGAAGAAUCCUCAUCAUUCACAGUGGGGUGAUAUGAAACUCUACUUAAAACUACAGAUUGUGAAGAGGUCUCUUGAAGUUUGGGGUAGUCAGGAAGCACUAGAAGAAGCAAAGGAAGUGAGACAAAUGAACCGAGAAAAAAUGAAACAGAAGAAGUUUGAUAAAAAAGUAAAAGAAUUGCGACGAGUGGUAAGAAGCAGUGUGUGGAAAAGAGACACAAGUGCUCAUCAACAUGAGUAUGGACCAGAAGAAAACUUAGAAGAUGAUAUGUAUCGCAAGACUUGUACUGUGUGUGGUCAUGAGCUCACAUACGAAAAAAUGUGAUUUUUAGUUGUCAGUUUUGAAAAAAGAUUUUUAUAUUUAAAUAAAGUAGUUUGGCCCUGUUGAAAAAAAUCUACCAUGUGUAAGUAAUGCUUUAGUAACAAUUGUGGAUAUGGCUCAAAUUUCAGUUACAGUUUGGCUGACCUGCCCAGGCAGAAUGUCAAGGCUAUGGGAGGUGAAUAGUAGGAAUAGUCAUAAGUAGCAGAGCUGUACAAAUUAAGGAGUAAGAGUCCAAAAUAAAUCCUAGAUAGGGGCAGGAGGAAUAGCUGUCAAUAAAGGUCAAAGCUGACUGGAUUGGACUCAACCAAAGAAACAAACAGGGAUGAUACAUUACUUUAUCCGAGUUUGGGUCAUGCUUUAAGGAACUACUUUGAUCUUCAAAACAGAGGCCAUGGAGAACUACUGCUAGAAAAUGUCCUGAUAACGUAGUAAGAAUAAACAUUGAAAUAUAGGAAUUGGUUGAUAUUUUCUGUACUGAGGGGUCUACUACUGUAGGCCUGCACAUUAAUGGUUGGAUAAUUCUUCCUAAAUGCUGAAUCAAAAUGGAAAACAGCAUUUUUCAAGGUUUAGUAUCUGUUGAUCAGAGCUAUUAAAUUUAUCUUCACUAUAGGUAUUCUAAUUUAAUCCUGGGAGGAAGAAAACUUGCUUCCAUGUUCAUUUAGGGAGGGAAGUGAUACUAUGAGCUUUACUUUGUCCCAGGCACUAGGAUCAAGUUUGUCAGAUUUCCCUUGACUUUUCUCAAAAGGAUUACCAACUAAUCUGACUAUGAGGUCUGUCCAGUAUUAUUUUAAUAAAAGUUCAGGUUGAGGUAAACUAGUAGUUUCAAAGGAUUUCUUACUACUACAAAUAGAAUAAAAAGUAUAUACAUUUUUACUUUUCUCUCUAACCUAGAUUAUACUUGGGGAAAGACCAAAGUCAAGUUAAAUCCAAGUUAUUAGGUACUUGAGACCAUAACUUAUCUUUGUAAAUCCUUAACAGUUUUUCAAUAUAUUCAAGUAUUAAUUUUUUAAUAUGUGCUAUGCUAAACAUUAUAGCUCAGUAAAAACACACUCAAUGGGCAGCCAGUUUCUAGCCUUCUAAUAAAAUAACUUGCGGUUCCAUAUCUCAUCAUGCAUUAAAACUAAAAUUGAAAUGGAUCAAAGGUCUAAAUACUAAAACAAUCUGU